CGGCAUCAUCAUCUCACCGUUUAUCUUCUUCACCAUUCUCUUCACCAUCUUCACCAUCCUCUUCCUCUUCAUCAUCUUGAUUCCUCAUGGAACCCGAUGCUGGGUUUUCCUCUUGUUCAUCUUGGUUCUUCGCGGAACCCAAAUCUUGGUUCCGCGAGGAACCCAGCCCGGUGUUGGGUGGCGAAACCUAACCCGAUGCUAGAUCUGGGUUUCGUGAGGAACCCAGUUCUGGGUUUCGUGAGGAACCCAGAUCUGGGUUUCGUGAAGGAACCCAGAUCUGGGUUUCGUGAAGAACCCAGUUCUGGGUUUCGUGAAGAACCCAGUUCUGGGUUUCGUCAAGGAACCCAAAUCUGGGUUUCGUGAAGAACCCAGUUCUGGGUUCCUCGAAGAACCUAGCUCUGAGCACGAAAUUCAUAUUCUUGGUGAUUGGUUUGAUCAAUUUUGAAGUUUGGGAUGGUAAAGCUAGUUUUUCUUUGCUCUGUUUCUUUAGCUUCUUGUUUUGUUUGGUUGCUUUGUUUCAAUUUUGAAGUUUUUCUUUGUUUGAUUGCUGUGUUUCAAUUUUGAAGUUUUUCUUUGUUUGAUUGCUUUGUUUUCGCUUGGCCUUCGGGAACUCAACUAAAACUGGAAAAGGAAA